CGCUGAGACAACAUGGCGAAAGUACCAUCUCGAACGAGUAUGAGUUCCCUUGCCGCAAGCUCUGGCCCUCGAACUUCCAACAACCGGGUGCACAUCCAGGAACCCCCCGCAGCUGUUGCUACGCAGCUCACCCGUCCGCAACGACGUCAGUCGAUGACGCAAACCCCGCCCCAACCCAUCUCCCAUUCACAGGCCGCGGACGAUUCCACCGACACUCUGGAGAACCACAGCGUCUGCCUUAAGACCGUGAAAGAUCUUGAAUGCUACCUACACAAGGUGGAAGCGGAAAGAGAUAGGCUGCUGCAGGAGAACGGAACUUUGAGGCAGCAACUCUCGCAGGCGCAGGAUGCCCAGUCCGCCGGCCGCACAUGGGAGGACGUACAGCGGGCCGUCCACGGAGCCCAAGAGGCCCUCAACACCUGCCACCAGCAACUCAUCAGCUGUAUGACCAAUGCGGCGAAUCCGGGCGUACCGUCCACCACCCUGCCGGGAUCGACUGCCGGACCGGAUUCCAUGUGGGCGAGCCAAGACGAGGGGCUUGGGGUAUUGAAUCCUCAGAUGUUUUUUGAUGUUUAA